GUGAACACAUCGGCUGUUGAGGAUAAGUGGAAAAAGAAGGUUUUAAACGCGGACCGGCGUGAGGCACACGGGCCCCGGUGUUUAAAACGUCUCGACCGGCUUGUUCCGAGCGGCUUCAUGCUGUGUCACCGCGGGGACGCUUGAGUCUGUCGGCGUGGAGAGGCGCUCCUGGUGCGGGAGAAAAAUGCCUUCUUUCCCAUGGAGGGUUUGGCCUGCACUUGGGCUGCUUUGGUUCCCCGCCGCUGUGGCUGCAGAGGAGGUCUCGCUCCUGGACAGCUGGAGCGACGUCUGGCUCUUCCGCUUCCUCGUCAACAUGCUGGGGUACGCCACCAUCGUCGUCCCCGGCUACUUCCUCAUUAGAUACUUCAAGCGCUCCAAUUACAUCGAACGAGGCAGCGGGGUGUGCUACCCGCUCGUAAAGACGUGUGUGUACGGCAGCGAGGACAAAACCGGUCUGCUGGACGAUGGAUCCAGUACGAACAGGAACGAGGCAGAUUCGGGCUCAUCCGUCAAACAGGCUGUAAAGUUGAUCUUUUGUGCUGCAGGACUUCAGGCCUCGUAUUUAACAUGGGGGGUCCUCCAGGAGAGGGUGAUGACUCGUUCCUAUGGAGCGGCGACCCCCGAGGACGAGGGCGAGAGGUUCAAGGACUCUCAGUUCCUGGUCUUCAUGAACCGUAUCCUGGCCCUGACCGUGUCGGGGAUCUGCUGCCUGGUGUUCAAACACCCUCGCCACGGCGCGCCCAUGUACAAGUACUCCUUCGCGUCGCUGUCCAACAUCCUGAGCAGCUGGUGCCAGUACGAGGCGCUCAAGUACAUCAGCUUCCCCACGCAGGUGCUGGCCAAGGCCUCCAAAGUCAUCCCCGUCAUGCUCAUGGGGAAGCUGGUGUCCCGCAAAACCUACGAGUACUGGGAGUACUUCACGGCCGCGCUGAUCUCCGUCGGCGUCAGCAUGUUCCUGCUGUCCAGCGCGGCCGCCAAGCACCCGUCCACCGUCACCACCUUCAGCGGCGUGGUCAUCCUCGCCGGCUACAUCGUCUUCGACAGCUUCACCUCCAACUGGCAGGACAACCUGUUCAAGUACAAGAUGUCGUCGGUGCAGAUGAUGUUCGGGGUCAACCUGUUCUCCUGCCUCUUCACGGUGGGCUCGCUGCUGGAGCAGGGCGCCUUCUUCGACUCGCUGGCCUUCAUGGCGCGCCACUCGGAGUUCGCCUUCCACGCCGUGCUGCUGUCCGUGUGCUCGGCGUGCGGCCAGCUCUUCAUCUUCUACACCAUCGGCCAGUUCGGCGCCGCCGUCUUCACCAUCAUCAUGACGCUGCGGCAGGCCAUCGCCAUCCUCCUGUCCUGUUUCCUCUACGGCCACGCCAUCACCGUGGUGGGCGGCUUCGGCGUGGCCGUGGUUUUCCUGGCGCUCUUCCUGCGGGUGUACGCGCGGAGCCGCAAGAAACCGAGCCGGCUGUCCGCGUUGCCCCACGUACAGAAGGUGUAGCGCUCGAAAAGUCGGCCCGAACUGGGAAAUAAAACCACGUUUUUGUGGUGCCGUUUGACUUCUUGUUAUGUUUUUUGUUUUUUUCUUGGCGUCGGUACAGAAAAGGGAAACUGCAGUUUUGAUUCUUAAACCGAAACGCCCCCAAGGGGUCCAGGUGGUAUUUAAGGUCGCAGAGGUUUUGAGUGCCUGUAAGAUUCUUAUGUUUUAAACUGCAAACUGCCUCUUACACUUUCAGUUUAACAGGGUUUGUUUUAACUUUCUACCACCACAUGUGGCUUGUGCGUACAGUUUAAGGUUACUGAAUGGAUAAACGUUCAUUUCUUUGAAGCGUUAACAAUAUUUUCCUCAUUCAAAAAUAAAAAGGGUCAACUUUUAAAAACACUUUGUUAUAAAACACGAUAGCAGGGAUGCUAUACACAAUAAACAUGUGUUCUCAGAUAUAUUCCAAUUUGUCAGCAGCGAAAAUCGACACCGUUUGUUGUUUUAAAUUAUAUAUUUUGACCAGAAAUCACAGCUGAUUUCUCCUUGAAUGGUUUUUAAUUUAAAACGUUUUUUCACAGAUUUCAUGAAUUGUUUUAAAACUUGGUUCUGAAAACAUGUAAAUAUGUAUCCUUUUUAUUUUAUUACCAUUUGUUUUAAACUUGUGCUUUCUGUGUUUUUCAUGUGAAUGUUUGGAUCAGCACUGAAUGGAUGAUGAUGUCAAAGCUGGGGGGCAGUUUGCAGAACAAAAAUGCACAAAAAGAAACAAAUGCAAUGUUACUGGUUGUUAUUGCCAUUCUUCUACUUUCUCUGGUAAAUGGAUUAAUAAUAAAACAUGUAAAUUAACUCAA